GCUAGGGGCAGAGGGAAGACCUAAAUUUAAUUUGGAUGCCGUGAUAGAGAAGGAUUUGGGCUUACUAAAUCUAAGUAACAAGAUAGCCCUUGAGUCCUCUAAAGAGCUCAAUGAAAAAAUAAGAUUUAUGUAACUGACCCGAAUUAAUUGCAACACAAGGCUCGGUUUGGUAUGGUUUCUUCUUCCUUUAUGAACAGAUUACAUACCUUCCAACUGAUUUCAUUUUUAAGAACAACAACGUCUUGCCUUUCACAAAUGAAUUGUGAGAUCGUCCCCAUAUUUACUUGUUUAGUUAUGCUUAUAAUUUUUGGGGUUUUGCCCGUUAGAAUUUAUGUCAUAACUCGAGAAAAUGGAUAUGUCGUCCAUGACCUUGCCAUAAACCUUGCCGUUAGACAAAAGUAGAUCAAGAAUGGAGCUCUGCAUGCGGAUGGCGAAACAACUGCUGCUCAAGGAGGUUGAAAAAAAGGGUGAUUACGAGAACCUUGUGUUGUCGCCAUUGUCGAUCGAUGUUGUUCUUAAUAUGGUGGCUGUGGGAUCAAGGGGUCGCACUUUAGAGAAGAUGCUAGGCUUGCUUGGUUCCAAUAACAUCGAUGAAAUCAUAUCACAAUCUGUGGAGAUGAUGGCAAUGGCAAUGGGUGAGGAUGAACCGGUUAUGUGUUUGGUCAAUGGAGCUUGGUUCGACCAACGUUUCACUCCAACGCUUUCUUAUAAGGACGACGUACUUAAGGGUAUCUACGGUUGUGAGGCCAAGACGGUGAAUUUCAUGACUCGGGGUGAUGAAGUGGUAGAUGAAAUAAAUUCAUGGGCUGAAGCUGUAUCAAGAGGGCUUAUAAGAAACUUACUCCCACAGGGCUCCCUAUCCCGAGAGACUGCGCUCGUCCUUGCAAAUGGUCUGUACUUCAAAGGAAGUUGGAAAUAUGAUUAUAGAUUUGAUGCUAACCUCACUGAAAGCAGAUCUUUCUAUCUUCUCAAUGGAGACACUGUUUCAGUUCCUUUCAUGACAAGCCGUAUGAGAUCUCGUCGCUGUAGAUCUUUUGAUGGUUUCCAAGUCCUCCAAAUACCAUACCAAAGCAAGAGCAACCAAUUCCUCAUGUACUUCUUUCUCCCAGACAAGCAAGAUGGAUUGCAAAAUCUAUUAGAAAAGCUCAUUUCUGAUUCUGGGUAUUCGAAUGAGUACCGUUGUCUUAGCGUAAAAAAGCUUGAUGAAUUUUGGAUCCCAAAAUUUAAAUUCUCAUUUGAUUUUGAUGUUUCAUCGACCAUGGAGGAGAUGGGAAUGCCAUUUCCUUUCCUGGAAAAUCCAGAAGACUUUGCCAAGAUGGUGGAAAUUCCCAACGGGCUCAAUGUACCAAGGAUGUUUCAAAAGGCUUUUAUUGAGGUAGACGAGAAAGGCACGGUAGCUGCAGCAAUUACUCUGGGUCGACCUGUACCAGGAUAUUGCCCGCCCCCUCCUCCAAAACACACAAGUUUCGUUGCCGAUCAUCCUUUCAUGUUCAUGAUUAUGGAGGAGAGUUCAAGGUUGGUUAUUUUCACAGGAGCUAUACUCGAUCCAAGCAAAGUCAAAUGACUUGUUUCUUUUUUUUCAAUCUUUCAAGUACUUACGUAAAAUUCGAAUAUGGAUACGGAAUAUCUUUGAAAGUCCUGUUUUAACAUCUUGAACUUCUAGAUUUGCUGAUAAACAACUUAAGCAUUAAGUAUUAUAUAAGACUUUCCUUUCAGCCUGGUGUUGGAUGGGAAUGGUGAUGAGAUGGAACCCAGAUU